GUGGACACCGCACUGCACCGCACCGCACACCGGCAUGUGCCUCGCGCGCCGGUUGGUAUAGCGGAUAUAAAAAUCAGAAGAAAUUAGUAGCAUUGUUUCAGUGUUAUCACAGCCGGUGCUCGCACCGCUGCUGCAAGUGUCGCGCCCGUGCCGUGCCGUGUGUUGUGAUGUCAGUGUGCUUCGCUGGAUAGUCGGACUUCGAGCCGCCAUCCUAACGUCCGCGAAGCGCAGGAGGAGCAUUUUUGGCAUGCGUCGGCGGGAUAUAUUGUGUGCAGCAGUGCCUUUAGCAAACCUGUUAUGCUUAUGCGUCUAGUUUUUGCGCUUCUUCACGGUCACGCGUCACACGCAUAGUUGUUGCUGCGCCCCGUGUACAGUGUGGUUGGAGAAAGCUCCAGUGUGUGUGUGUGAACUCGAAGGUGUCGGAAGAUGUUUUGCAAAUAAAUAGAGCUGCAACCCCUUGUGCUGCCACACCAUGCCCACUGUACCCUUUUGGGCUGGCCCAUACUAAGUAAACGAACAAACAUUGUGCCCCAGAGUGCAUUAGUGAUUGUGCACGUGAGUUGCGACACGUUUCGGACUGCAGCGGCGGUGUGUGGAAGCGGUGUGCUGGAAUUUAAGUGAUCUUGAGCUGUACUUUAAACCCAUCGGAGACGCGCGAUCGUCCACGGCAGAUCUGGUUUACACUUGCCAUGGACCAGCUGCAGCCAGAUGAGCAGCUUCAGCAGCAACAGCAGCAGUCCACUAGCGACACCAGCACGAACGAUAUUUGGAACUAUGUGGUGUUCGUUGCCUUCGUUGUUGUUUCGGCGCUGAUACCGAUCCGGAAGCGGUUGUGCCGCCGCAGCAGCAACAGCAAGAGCAAGCAGGACUAUGUGUUCGGGGCUGGGCAUAUCUCCACCCUGGCGAUGAUGCUAUCGAUCGCCCGGGGCACUCUCGGCGUCAUCUCGGUGUUGGGCUAUCCGAGCGAGUUCUUCUACCGUGGGUCGGCCAUGUGGGAGUCGCUGUACGGUGUCAUCACGGCCUAUCCGAUCGUUUGCUUCGUGUUCAUCCCCGUGUACUUCGACUUGGGCAUCACGUCGGUGUACCAAUAUCUGGAGCUUCGCUUCAACAGUCGUCUGGUGCGGUGUCUGGCGUCUGGGACCUACAUCAUACGCACCCUGUUGAGCUUAGGAGUUACGAUCUACACACCGACGGUGGCGCUGAACACGAUCAUCGGUGUGCCGUACUGGGUGUCGCUGCUUUCAAUUACGGUCAUCACUAUUUUCUUCAACGCACUGGGUGGCUUGAAGGCGGCCGUAGCGGCCGACGUGAUACAGAGCCUCAGCAUGACGGCGAUGCUCGUAGGGAUCAUCAUUUACUGCAGCAUCACCGUCGGCGGGGUGGAUAAGAUAUUGACCAUCAGUUCGGACAAUGAUCGCUUUGCCUUCUUUAACUUUGCCACCGAUUUGCAUCUGCGCGUGACGACCACGUCCGCCUGGCUGGGCGAGCUGUUCAAUUCGCUCAGCCUGCUCGGCUGCCAGCAGAACUUUGUGCAGCGGUACCUCAGUAUGCCCACGUUCGGGCAGAUCCGGCGCACGCUGAUGCUUAACAUUCCCGUCGUGAUACUGCUCUUCUCGCUGCCCUGGUUCGUCGGGAUGGCCAUCUACGCCAUCUACUGGCACUGCGAUCCGCUGAAGGCGAGCGUGAUCGCCAAGAUGGACGAGAUACUGCCCUACUUUAUGGUGGACCGGUUCGACAGUGUGCCCGGCGUGUGGGGCAUCUUCGUGGGGACGCUGUUCAACGGAGCGCUUACGCUGAACAUCUCCAACAUUAACUCGCUGGCCACGGUGACGUGGGAAGACUUCCUGUCGCUCGUACCGGCGCUGCGCAAAAAGAGCGAUACGCAUCAGCUGAACGUGAUCAAGCUCGUCGGUACGGUCUAUGCGGUGGUGAUCAUGGGCGUCGGUUUUAUCGUUGGGCUGCUGUCGGGCGUGAUCGAAUCGUCGAUGCUGAUCAUCUCGGCCACCUCCGGACCACUGCUGGGGGUGUUUGUGCUGGCCAUGUUCAUUCCGUUCGCCAACUGGAAGGGAGCGGCGUUGGGCAUGCUCGCGUCUCACCUGUCGAUCCUGUGGAUUGUGGUGGGCCGGUUGAUCGAGAGCAACGUCAGUGAACCACUGCUGGACACUUCGAUCGAGGGAUGCUACGCGGAUCUGAUGGAGGCGCAGAAGAAUGCCACACUGCUGGUGGCGGUAGCGCUGGAGGAGGGUGUAAAUGCGGUGGAAACGAGCACGCUGCUGAAUCGCAUCUACUCGAUCACGUACCUGUACUACGGCGUGUUCGGGACGGUGCUUACCGUGCUGGCGGGGGUUGUGGUCAGCUUGGCGACGUGGAGCAGUCACGAUGUGUACAACAUGAAGAUGCUCCAUCCGGCCGUCCGGUGGUUGUACUCGCGCUGCCCGUUCAGCGGCAAACACUUUGGUUCGUUCGAGGUAGCGGGGAAGGGCUAUGGGGCGGGGAUGAAGGAAGCGGUACCAAGGUGUUGAGCGCGGGAUGUCCUAUCCACCCCGGUAUGUGAUGCAAUAGUUCCUAUGCCUAGCUUAGCAGACUUCGUGCGACGUCCUGUGAAAGUGAGUGUAAAUGUUGUGAAGAAGAGGGUGCGUAGCUUUAGCGAGUACGUAAGAUUAUUAUGAAUAAAGCGUUAGUUUAUGAAUUAUUUAA